GAAACAGGUAAGGCAAGUGGGAUGGCGGGCAGCCAAAAAAAAAAAAGACACAAGAAUGUCAUCGCUUUUUAUGACUUGAAUUGACAUCUAACAUAAAAAUUAAAAAAAGAACGCCAUCCAUAAUCUAAUAACUAUCAACCCUUGCGAUUUCCCGCGACCGCUACUCCUCUUCUUGACUUCCUAACAAACAAAACUCCCUGGCAUUGAACCCUAUUAAAUCCCAACUGUACUAUUACUUGUUACCUACCUACUUGGUAAAUACCAUUGGAGCAACCACUUUUACCUAACAACGCUCUUUGUCUCUGGAUCAUGGUAAAGCAGCAUGCUGCAUGAAUCUAUCGUAAUCGCCAUAGCAUCCUCAGAUAUUGUUGAUACGUGAUAUAGCCUGGACAUAGUUGAAGGGCUCGGGUCCGGCGUCUUAGCAAGAUGGAAUCUCAGAUCGAGAAUGCCAUUGAGAUCGCAUGGAAUCCUAACUCCGACCAAGCCCUGAAAACACAAGCUUUCGAUUAUCUACAUCAACUACGUGCCGAUCCUCAUGCAUGGCAAGUCUGUAUCGGUCUGUUUGCUAGAACCCCGAGGUCCUCCGAUGUCGUCCGACUCGUCAGCCUCGAGAUAGUUAAUAAUGCUAUACACGUGCAAUCCCUCGACACCCAGGCCUUGCUCAGCCUUAGAGAUGCUCUCCUGGCCUACGUGCAAUCCACCUACGGCACCAACCAAUCCCAGAUAGAUUCCCCUACCUUGCAGAACAAACUCACUCAAACCCUCACCUUACUUUUCGUCUCAUUAUACAAGCAAGGUUGGGAAAGCUUCCUCGACGAUGUACUAGCUCUCACGAUCCUACCUGGAAGCAACCAACGUGACAAUGUCCCGGGUGUCAUACUCUAUCUACGCAUUCUCAGCUCUAUCCACGACGAGAUUGCCGACGUCUUGCUUGUGCGUCAGGACGUCCAGGCCCGUAGCCAUACCGAGCUCAAGGAUCUAAUGCGGGCGCGCGAUGUUGGGAAGGUAGCCCAGUCUUGGCAGGAUCUUCUUGCUCAGUAUGGAAAUCAGGAUGAUGCCAUCAUCGAGAUGACUCUUAAAGUUAUCGGCAAAUGGGCUAGUUGGAUUGACAUAUCUCUUAUCAUCAACGACGGCAUGCUGAGCUUGAUCCUUCCGUUGGUCGGUCGCUCCAACAACUCCGGCAGCGAGGACAAGGUCAGGGAUGCUGCAGUCGAGGCAUUCACUGAGAUUGUAGGCAAGAAGAUGCGUCCGGCUGACAAGGCCGAAAUGAUAUCAUUCCUCAAUCUACGAGAUAUCAUAUCCCAGAUCAUAGCCAGCCCUCCGCUAAACGAAUUUAAAGGCACUCCUAGAUAUGAUACUGACCUGGGCGAAGCCGUCGCCAAAUUAGUUAACACCGUCGUAGCCGACAUCGUUAGAGUCCUAGAAGACCGAUCUACUGAUGAUUCUACUAGAGCUAAAUCUAACCAGCUCCUUCACGAAUUCAUCCCCUUCUUACUACGAUUCUUCUCGGACGAAUACGACGAGGUAUGCUCUACCGUUAUACCGUCGCUCACGGAUGUCCUAGCCUAUUUCCGCAAACUCUCCGAACUGCCCCCUUCCUUCUCUGAAACGCUGCCUCCGAUCUUGAACGCCAUCAUCAUGAAGAUGCGGUACGACGAGACGUCGUCUUGGGGAAAUGAAGAUGAGCAAACAGACGAAGCAGAGUUCCUAGAGCUGCGGAAGAGACUUCAAGUACUGCAAAAAACAGUAGCAGCUGUUGACCAGAACCUUUAUGUCGAGGUUCUAUCUAAUCUGGUCGCGAAUACCUUCCAGACCCUAGAUGAGCGAGGGUCACAAAUGGACUGGAGAGAUGUCGACUUGGCUCUUCACGAGAUGUCUCUAUUCGGCGAGCUUGCGAUGCCUAAUCAGGGACUAGGCCCCAAGAGCCAGCCCUCUCCAGUUGCAUCGGAACGACUUAUGGCAAUGAUGACCAAAAUGGUACAAUCUGGAAUCGCAAAUUUCCCGCACCCAGCAAUUCUUUUGAAUUACAUGGAAAUAUGUGUCCGCUACUGUGCAUUUUUUGAGACUCAACCCGCACUAAUCGGUCAGGUUCUCGAAAAUUUCGUCCGCCUUGUGCAUCAGGACCACGUUAGGAUUCGUACACGCUCGUGGUAUCUCUUCCAUCGUUUCGUGAAGCACCUGAGAGCCCAAGUGGGGAAUGUGGCCGAGACAGUCAUCCAGUCUAUCAGCGAUCUUCUCCCUAUCCAGGCUGAAGUACCAGGAGAGGAUGCCGAUGACGAUAUGUCCUCCGACCAAACCGAUAACUCUGCGAGUGCCGUCUUUAACAGUCAGCUCUACUUGUUCGAGGCUAUUGGGUGUAUUUCGUCUACCAGUGCGACUCCGGUAGAAAAGCAAGCGCUUUACGCCCGCUCGGUCAUGGAUCCCUUAUUUUCCGAUAUGGAGCAGCACCUCCCUAGAGCUAGGAACAGUGAUGCUCAAGCCAUACUUCAGAUACACCAUAUCAUCCUAGCUCUAGGUACACUGGCACAUGGGUUUUCGGACUGGACGCCCGGGGCGAAUUCUUCGAACCAACGGCCACCUCCGGCAAAAGCCCUAUCCGACGAGUUCGCACGCGCCGCCGAGGGUAUACUAAUCGCGCUCAGCGAACUCAACACUUCUUCCGAAAUCCGCACCGCUUGUAGGUCGGCAUUUUCGCGCCUGCUUGGCGUGCUGGGGUCCGCUGUGCUUCCACAGCUUCCUCAAUGGAUCGACGGCCUCUUGUCUAGAAGCUCGUCGAAGGACGAGAUGGCCAUGUUCCUCCGCCUCUUGGACCAGGUCGUCUAUGGCUUCAAGUCGGAAAUCUAUGAGGUACUCAACCAAUUACUAACGCCCUUGCUACAAAGAGUCUUCGGCGGUCUAUCAGAGCCAAUUAACGGUACUGACGAUGAGAUCCAACUUGCCGAGCUCCGUCGCGAGUAUCUAACAUUUAUUGGAGUUAUCUUAAACAACGAUCUCGCCGGGGUACUCGUGUCGGAGGCAAACCAAGGCUUUUUCGAAUCACUAAUCACCUCCAUCCUAACCUUAGCUCGAGAUAUCGGCCCAGGCUCGGGAAGCCUCCCGGCGAGUCGGUUAUCCCUCGGGUUACUCGCGAAGAUGGCGGGUGCCUGGGGCGGACCGGAUGUAGCAAACAUCUCGGCAAAUCCGUCAGCGCCCACCGGAUCUCCAUCACCUGCAAUCCCCGGUUUCGAUCAAUUCCUCAUUGAUAGGUUUCAUUCCGUAUGUUGGGAAGUUCUUCGUGAUCCACAGUUUAACCCGGCCGGGGAUGCUCAGGCCAAGCUAGUCCUCCACGAGAUCGCUGGGCUAGAGCAGGCCGUAUACCUCAAGACGGGAGGGACAUUUUUGGAACACCUGCAAUCAACCCUUUUCCCCGGCCUCGGCAUUGAUGGGAAUGAUUUCCUGCGAGCCAUGACUACGUCGACAGACAAGAAGGCUUUUUCAAAGUACCUACAGGGUCUAAUGAAAGAGUCGAGGUGAUCCAAGGGAUGGGAGGUCAUGGCUGGGAACAGAAGAUAUGGACAGAAAUGAUGUCCAAUUGCAUAAACAGGAGUUUGGCUCACUAUACCAACCGCAAUUUCGUUGACUAUAGAUGAACGUCGGAAUUGAAGCUAGCUAGCAAUGGCGAGAUGUCGUUAGCAAGUAAAUGAACAGAGAAAUAAAGUCACAAUAUCACUCU